CCUAAACUCAUAGCUAGCUGGCUUGCUUUUGUUCGACUAACUGACUUUAUGGAGCGAGGGAGCGCGCGUCCUGUAUAUGCGCUCAUCGGUUGACGAGCUGUCCACAAUCCUCAAGGAUAACUUUAAACGUCAACAACCCCAGAAUUGACUUUGGCGUGAACCGUUGAAUGGCGUGGCUACUCACCAUAUAAUUACAUAUAUACCAUCUCACAUUCCUUCCUAAAAGUCAAUUAUCACUUUUUGAACCCCCGGAAAAAGCAUUUUUCUGUUUAUAUACAAACAACAUACCUGGCACUUUUGAACAAAAACACAUUUUUGUGCAUAUGCCUGCGAUGCCCGACACCCUAGAUCCUCCAGUCCAGCGAUUUCAGUCACUAGCACUAUCCAUACCUAUGGAUCCCUCGCAAUUUGAUUAUAUUGUCCAGUUUCUUCGAAACCUACUCAAUGUUGACGACCCUACAACCAUCACACUCCCCGAUUUAUCUGUGCAUUUCGAAGCUGAUGCCUCCAAAGAGAUUCUUCCCGAUGUCACCUUCCCCAACGAUAUUUGGUUUAGAGACAAUAUCUCCAUACGGGACUGCAAAAUUAAGGUGACGAUGCUCCACGAAAUCAACAUCAUGCUCACGAGUGAAAUCAACAAAUUGGACCAGCCGUUGGAGGACAUGUUGUUGAUGUACUACCAGAAGCUCUUGGCCGCGUACAAGUUCUAUGAGUUACCAGCCCAGCAGUCGUACGGAUCUGAUGUGACAAACAACUUCUCUGUUCGCGAAGAGCUCGAAGACGAGAUAGAAGACCUUGCCCCCGAUGAAGGCAAGCUGCUCAACCGCACCGUAUCCAAUCAGUCUUCCACAACAUCAUUAAAGACCCAUCACUCGUUUUUUUCCCAUUCCAGUGCCAAUAUUAAUACAACCAACUUCUCAGGUCUCGGUAAUGGGAAGCACACUCUGACAUCUUCAAGUGGACCGUACUUGGGCCGCAGACGGUUUCUGUCGAUAGUCUCCAACAAUAAUAGCAAUGCCAACAAGGAAAGUAAAAGACAGCAGGCAUUGAACUCACUUCUUUCCAAGUCGUAUAUCUACAAUAAGAUCAAAAAACACCGUGAGCUGACGAGUUCGAUGAACUCCAACAUUCUGCUUCCAAGCGUGCCUUAUAGCGGCCGUAACAGUGUCAGCACAACUGCUACCAUGAAUUCUGCCAAGAGUAAAAGGUCGUCUUCCAACUUUACUCUGCUCGAUAACAACGAGUUGAAGCAUCCCUCAUUCCCGGUGUUGCCGUCUUUUGCCAGCUACACGCUGAGUCAACGGCUCGAGUUCCAAAGACUGAAGCAAGAGUAUUAUCUCCAAAUACAACGGCUUCUUGAGCUGGUCCAGGCAAUCAUACACCAACUCCAGUUGAACCAUAAGGAUGCCAAAGCGUUCAAGUUGAUGGACUUUAUCAAGCGGUAUGUGUUCAGGUUUGUGGUGAUCGAUGCGUCGGAGUUGGUAUUGACCUAUGGUGAGAUAGAGGCGUACCGUUUGUAUAGUAGAUUGAAUCAGGGUUGAGUGGUUAAUUAACGAUUAAUGUACAAUUAUAUAACAG